CUAAAAACGUAAACAGUUCUUUCUUCUCAUAAUGCGUACAUCAGUAGUUUUUUUCCUCUGACGUUUAUGUCACCGAAAUGCAUUGCUGAUUUCAAAAACAGUGACUUACAUUUGACAGCACACAGUUCGCAACACUCGAGGAAAUUUUGUUUAGUCAUUUUAAUUUCGAUAUCCUUUAAAAUAUAUGUAUAAAUUUACUGUGAUUCAAGAUAGAAAUAAUUUGUGUGUCAGAUUAGCGCAGUGGAUAUCUAUACAAUCAAAUAAAAACCAACACUGGGAUAAAACCAAACAAAAUGUGUAUGAAUUACGCUGAUACAAAAUAAAAAUUGAUGGCUUCAAGUCUUUUAUUAAACGCAAUCAAAAAUUGAAAAGAAAAAUGUUCAGCUUCGAAGGUAAUUACAAACGGACACCGUCACAAAAUUUAGGUGGUGCAUCACACAUCAACGACCGUGAAACAAUAAUUCGUCGUGCUGCGCUCGAGCGUCAGAAACGGGCCGAAAUCCGGAGACAGCACACCGGAGCGAUAACGAUUCAGUCGUGUGUUCGAAGCUUCUUAUCGCGUGUUAAGUGCAAAAAUGAUGCACGAAAUGUCUUUGAUCACUACUUGAAGACGGUGGGAUUAACGAAUCCAGAACAAUUAGAAUAUUUACUUAGGUGUAUCUUAUUUUUCUACGACAAUAAAAAUGAAAAAGAUGGCGAGCGAUUGAUAAUUUUGGGACAGUUUUUAAUUCGUCACCCGGAAAAUUUACUCCAUAAAUCAAUUGCCGAUUCUCAAUGGCAGCACCGCGUAAAAAAGCUGCUAUCUCUGUGUAUUCAGCAAUUAUCCUUGCAGAAUUUAUCGCACGGAAUUCCAUUUCGCACAUUGGAGACCUUUUCAUCAGAUGAACUAGUGGCGCGCUAUAUAACUGAUCCGAAUGUACGGCGAACUUAUCUGGAAAGCGUCUAUCGAUAUUUGGUGCAGCGAAAAUACUUUAAAUUAGUUCGGCAGCUGUUUGAAGAAAAAGUUCCACCACUUUACGAUGUUGUUCUCUCACCCCCGAAUUCCAUAUCAGAAACACUACUGCAAAUGAUUCAACAUCCAUUGCGACUCAUGUCUGCCGCCAAUAAGACCCCCGUCGAUGGACUGAUUAGCAAAGAAUGCGUUACACUCAUUCUAUCAUCGUUUGUCGAAGAAAUAUUAGUUCCUGUAUAUACGAAACCAAUCCAAUUGUUUGUCAUACCAUGCUUGGCAAAUAGUCCAGAGUUUCCAUUCUUGCAUCUGUUGCAGUAUCUCAGUGAUUUAAUCGUACAAACUUACAUGGACCAAAACGAUAAAUAUUCGAUUACAAGUGACUCAAAGAUCAUCAAUGUCGUGUUUAAUUCGCCAUUCGUAUUUCAUUCAUUUCUGACGCUGGACCGAUUGUACUUGGAUCGUAUAAAAAGUAAUCCAGUUUGGGCUAAAAACUACAUCAUUGUUCUGGGAAAUUUGUCGGGAAACAUACGUAAAUUACAACAACGUACCUCGAAUUCACUAUUCAAGCAAUAUGACAUAGAAGAGGUGGAGGCCGAUGAGGAUAUUGACAGUGACGAAGACGAUGAUCACAAAAUGGAAUCCAUCUCACCGGCCGAACGCGAUUGUUUGUUGGAGGCAAUCACAUUGUUGAAUGAUCAAGAACGCGUCGAAUUGAUUCUUGAUAAUAUUGACAAUUAUUUAGACGAUGUUCAAGUGUUGUACUCGUUGUGCAAAAUUUGUCAUAACCUAAUGCUUUAUCAUCGAAUCGCCGUUUUUGAAUUUAGAUUAUUGUACAUGCUAACAUUCAGACCAAAAUUUAUACGAGCUCUGUGGUACACUCUACACACACAACAAAGUAGUGCAGGCUUCUCUUCGCCGUUGACUUUAAUCACAAAGGGAAUCGUUUUUGCAGCGGAUCGUGAAAUCGAUCGAGUAAUUCCAAUGAUAGCAUCAUUCUGUGCACUGUUUGGGCGUCUGAUAGCUACGUUACAUGACCGCGAAUUUUGUCAAGAAGACGUUUUGCCCGGAGCGAGCAGCAAAAUAAUGCCCUUUAAAUUGAAUGAGAUCGUAUCGUUGAGUUCGUUUUUGAAGGAUUUAUCACUGGGUUUGGUCGAACUGGCAUUCCCCGAGACACGAACUUCUAUAAAUGACCACUAUAGAUCUGCAUUGCAGCUGAAUCAAAAUUCUGGUGGUGAUGGUGGUGGUGGAAAUACCGCUACCUCACCGAACAAAUGGCCACACUUAUUGAAAGUCUGUGUAUCAUUACUACGUCAAUUGCAUACUCGUGAUUUGCGCAGAGGAUUCUGUCCCGCCAGUCACUGGGUGGUACACACUCUAAAUCUACCGCUGGACAAACCAACAGAUCUGGAAAUGCCGCGUGGACAUCGACAUGCACCGAGACCAUUCCAACCAAUUAGAGACUUCACUCGAGAAGACUUCGAUAGCAACGGUCCACCGUUAUCAACCAAACAGGUUCGUUCCAUAACGAUUUUACGAGAAAUUCCAUUUGUUGUGCCAUUCAGUACUCGCGUUGGUAUUUUUCAAGGACUUUUGGCAGCAGAUCGUUUACGAGCUCAAGGUGAUCAACAGGGUUUCCUUCAAGGUCCAUCGAUUCAAUUGGUUGUCAGACGAUCACAUUUGUAUGAGGAUGCGUUUGACAAGCUACGACCGGAAAACGAACCGGAUCUACGGGCAAGAUUUCGUGUGCAAAUGAUAAACAACAUGGGAUUAGAGGAGGUUGGAAUCGACGGUGGUGGUGUGUUUCGUGAAUUUCUAUCCGAAUUGAUUAAAACUGCGUUCGAUCCGAAUCGUGGCUUUUUCAUGAUUACAACCGACAAUAAAUUGUAUCCGAAUCCAAGUGUGGCGAAAAUCGUUGAAGACUAUCAGAAACAUUAUUAUUUCAUUGGUCGAAUGCUAGGCAAAGCACUGUAUGAAAAUCUUUUAGUUGAACUACCUCUAGCUGAGUUUUUCCUCUCAAAAUUGGCUGGUAAACAUUCUGAUGUGGACGUUCAUCAGUUGGCAUCAUUGGAUCCAGUUUUGCACCGCAAUUUAUUAUCUUUGAAAGCGUAUGAAGGUGAUGUGGAGGAGCUUGGUUUAGAUUUUACCGUAGUUAUCAACGAACUAGGCGAAACGAAAGUGCAUGAACUCAAGCCAAAUGGUACGAACAUACAGGUGACAAGUGCUAAUCGCAUUGAAUACAUAAGUUUGAUGGCCGAUUUCAAGCUGAACCGACAAAUACGACAACAAUGUGCAGCAUUCAGAAAAGGACUUGCAAAUGUGGUUACUGUUGAAUGGCUGUAUAUGUUUAGCAACAAAGAGUUUCAGGUAUUGAUUUCCGGUGCUGAAAUUCCCGUUGACAUCGAUGAUUUACGUAAAAAUGCCAAAUAUGGAGGUGACUUCGAACCAAAUCAUCCAACAAUCAAACUAUUUUGGGAGGUUUUAACCAAUUUUAGUGACAUACAGAGGAGACAGUUGCUCAAGUUUGUGACGUCUUGCUCACGGCCACCGUUACUUGGCUUUAAGGACUUAGAUCCGCCGUUCUGUAUCCAAAAUGCGGGCGAUACUGAUCGAUUGCCAUCAGCUAGUACUUGUAUGAACCUAUUGAAAUUACCUGCGUUCAAUUCAAAGGAACAAAUGAGAGAAAAACUUCUUUAUGCCAUCGAAAGUAAUUCAGGGUUUGAACUUAGUUAGUUGCUGUCUCUCAUAAAAUCAUGAAUAAUGAUGUAUAUUGUAUAGCAGCGAACAUGACACAUUGGAGGAGAUGCAACAAAAAAACAAAGACGCACUAGCUGAAAAUGAAGCCAAAAUCACAAGUAUGCGGCGUUGAUCGAAUCAUUUGAAUGCUCAUGCUAAAAGAAAAUAAAAUAAACAAUAAAACAAAGCAUAACAAA